GCCACCACUUGUUUUACUGGAGCGCUCUGUAAAUCGACUAGCUAUGGCGACUGGUAAAGGUGAGAUGUGCUUCUUGUUGUCAUGUUUCCAAACACAUCCAACGAAGCUGUUCGGUCAAAUUAUGCUUUGAAAAUCACCACAGUCUGCAGCUAAUGAAGGAACUGUAUCCACUCUACCAUGGGGAAGACUUCCAGUAAACUCAGCCCCACAGAAAUCAAGGAUUUGCAAGACUGCACGUACUUUGACAAAAAGGAGCUGCAACAGUGGCAUCGAGAUUUCAUGAAAGAUUGCCCGAGUGGCGCCUUGAGAAAAGAAGAGUUCCAGACGAUAUAUCAACAGUUCUUUCCCAACGGGGAUCCUUCCAAGUUUGCCAGUUUUGUCUUCAAUGUCUUUGAUGCAGACAAGGACGGCUAUAUCUCAUUCAAGGAGUUUAUCCGUGCCUUAUCGGUGACAUCGAGAGGGACUCUAGAUGAGAAAUUAGACUGGGCAUUCAACUUGUACGACCUGGACCAAGAUGGCUUCAUCACUAAGCAAGAGAUGCUGGACAUCGUAGAUGCAAUUUAUAAAAUGGUGGGCAAUAUGCUGGAUCUUCCACAAGACGAAGACACACCAGAGAAGAGAGUCAAUAAAAUAUUUGGCCAGAUGGAUGCGAACAAAGAUGGAAAGCUGACGAAGGAGGAGUUCCGAGAAGGCUCAAAGUGUGACCCCUGGAUAGUCCAAGCCCUCUCAUUAGAGAUCCCCCAGUGACCCAGGUCGGAGGUCAAAUGGGGUAAGGUCGUUUCGAGGUCAAAACAAAAAAGAAUGCGGAGAAACUUUUCUUCUGUGUGAACUUAUUCCAGAACGUUCUUCCAUGGAUGUGAUGAGCGGUCUGGUGUCUGCACUUCAUUGGAUGUUUUUGUAACUUGGGUUGGAGUCAUAGCUGAGGAUCUUCAAGAAAUUGGAGCUCUUAAGAUGGGGAAUCAAAGAUGCAAGCAAGCUUUACAAGUUUUGGUAAACACUCUACUCACUUACAAGAAAUGUUCACAGAAUUCAUGUAGAUCGGUACAUUCCAUAGCUGAACAGGGUCAGGUGAUUUAAAUCAGAAAAGAGAUGUCUACAAGAUAUUUAGGGGGAUGGGUUACAUUUACUUGAGAUCAGAAUUCUUCAUUAACGUUUCCCUUUACUAUCCAUAAAAGCACUAGAAUUACAUUUCCUGCACAAAUAUCCAUGCAUGGGUUUAUUGAUCAACUUCGUUGCAUACCUAGGUCACAGUUAUGAACUUGUAACCUAAAACCCCCAACUUUUUAGCUGCCCUGAAAUGUAAACUAACAACCUAAAAUCCGAGGGGGGGGGGUUUAAAAAUGCGCUGUAAUUAUGAAAGUAUUGCUUAUUUUAAGCGCUAAUCUGAGCAUUGUAUUUGUUUGUCUGUUUAUUUAUUUGUUUGUUUGUGUGAUAAAUUGGUGAGGCCUGAUUUGUGAGAGGUUGCUGAAUCUUUUAUUGAAUGACAAAAGAACUUUUUUGAUCAAAAAGAUCCCAUAAUAUAUACUCUCACAAAUUGAAAAAGUUCCAGGGAAACUGAUCUUUUAUCGGCUUUUGUCUUGGCAUCAGGUUUCUUCUUGAUUUUAGGGAACACCCAAUCUCAAAACAUGACAUUUUUAGUCUUUUUCAUUCAGAUAUGGAACAUCAUUUCGGCUGCAAGAUCUCUUCCUGAAACUUCUGCGGCCGUUUCCCCCAAAAGUUUGCAUUGUGACUCCAGUGCUUGUGAUAGUAAACGCAUUCAUAUUUUUUUAUUCAUUGCACAAUCACCCAAUGCUAUG